AAAAAUAAGAGCAUACUUAAGUUAUUAAAUGCUAUUUGUAUUGUUAAUGUUCAUUUAAUUUAAAUUCUUUCAACAAUCUGUUAAAUUUUGUUUUGUGUUUUAUUGUUUUUCAAAUGUUUCUUUAAAUAUUAUCUUAUCAAAUUAUUAAAUAAUCAAUAAAGGUGGAACAAAACAGUGUGAAGUGUAGAAAUAAUAAAACAAGUGCCUGUGGCACAUUAGUGUGCAUUGUGAUACCUAGCGGUGAAGGUUCCUCAUCGGUGUAAUACUUAAAUUUUACAAAAAAAAAAUCAUAAUAGAGUUGAAAAUUGUGGAGAAAAAAAUAAAUAAAAUAUAAGAAGUAGUACACUGGAAAGUUCAUAACCUUCUGGAUAUAUACUUUUAUUUAUUAUAUUCAUACAUUCGCAUUUAUACAACAUCCAAGAGGCAAAAGAAAAUAAAAAUAAAAAAUAACCGAAAAUGACGAUGCGAGAACAAGAAGUUGGUGUAUUUGACUUCGUCCUUCUGGAUGAGAUCACUUUAGACAAGUUUAUGCAAAAUCUCAGAAAAAGAUAUCAAGCCGGCAAAAUAUACACCUACAUUGGCGAGGUCGCAAUAUCUGUAAAUCCAUACCGUUCAAUGAACAUUUAUGGCAAUGAAUAUAUCAGCAAGUAUAAAAAUCGUGAAUUAUUCGAGAAUCCACCGCACAUAUAUGCAAUUGCUGAUGCAGCUUAUCGAGACUUGAGGCAGCAGAACAAAGACACCUGCAUUGUCAUCUCGGGCGAGUCUGGCAGUGGAAAGACUGAGGCAUCGAAAAUUAUUAUGAAAUAUAUUGCAGCUGUCACAAAUGCACAUUCGCAAAAUGAUAUUGAGAGAGUCAAAAAUGUGCUGAUUCAGUCAAACACAAUCCUUGAGACAUUCGGAAAUGCCAAAACAAAUCGUAACGAUAACUCAUCGAGGUUCGGAAAAUACAUGGAUAUCGAGUUCGACUUUAAACACGAUCCAGUUGGCGGUAUCAUCACGAAUUUCUUACUUGAGAAGUCGAGAAUUGUUCAACAGCAAGAAGGCGAACGUAAUUUUCAUUGUUUUUAUCAACUCCUUCGUGGCUCAUCAGAUGCAGAGUUAAGGCAACUCGACUUGACACGUGAUCCAUCAAAUUAUCAUUUUACGAAUCAAGGAUCAACAGAAACACUCGCCGAAAAAAAUGAUUAUAAAGCCACAUCGUCAGCAUUUAAAGCGUUUGGAUUUUCACAAGAUGAAGUUAAUACAAUCUGGCGUACAGUCGCUGCCAUUCUUCAUUUGGGAAACAUAAAUUUUGGAGUUCAAGAUGAUGAAAUUGUCAUUCCAAAUAAAAGCCAAUUGAAGACGUUAUCUAAAUUAUUAAUGGUGACAGAAGCUGAAGUCUCAACUGCAUUAACACAGCGCGUUAUUGCAGCACAUGGUGACAUAAUGAAAAAGCAACAUGAUAAAUCGCAAGCUGAGUACGGACGUGAUGCUUUCGCAAAGGCCAUUUAUGAGCGUCUGUUUAAAUGGAUUGUCGAACGAAUUAACAAGGCAAUUGAAGUGCCAAAUAAAAAUGUUGCAAAGAGAUAUAACUUUGUCAUUGGUGUCGUCGAUAUUUAUGGAUUUGAGAUUUUCGAUAGCAAUAGUUUUGAACAGUUCUGCAUCAAUUACUGCAACGAAAAACUCCAACAGCUAUUCAUUGAACUUGUCUUAAAGCAAGAACAAGAAGAAUAUCAACGCGAGGGUAUCGCGUGGACAAAUGUCGACUAUUUUAAUAACCAAAUAAUUUGUGAUCUUGUUGAAGCACCGCACAAAGGUAUUAUCUCGAUAAUAGACGAAGCGUGCUUAACAGUAGGCAAAGUUAAUGACGAGAUGCUAUUAGAGGCAAUGGAUAAGAAAUUGGUUCAUCACAAACAUUACACGAGUCGUCAAUUAAAGCCAAUGGAUAAAGCUUUAAGACAUAAACAAGAUUUUCGUAUAACGCAUUACGCUGGCGAUGUUGUAUACUCAAUCAUGGGUUUUAUUGAGAAGAAUAAAGACACUCUGUUCCAAGACUUUAAGCGACUUUUGUAUAACUCAAAAGAUAAAAUAACAUCAUCAAUGUGGCCGGAAGGUGCACAAGACAUAAGUCGAAUUACAAAACGUCCACCAACAGCCGGUACAAUUUUCAUGAAAUCAAUGAGUGACUUAGUCCAAACAUUGUUAUCAAAAGAGCCAUUUUAUGUGAGAUGUAUUAAACCAAACGAUAUCAAAUCGUCAACAGUAUUUGAUGACGUAAGAGUUGAGCAUCAAGUAAGAUAUUUAGGAUUACUCGAGAAUGUGCGUGUAAGGCGUGCAGGUUUCGUCCAUCGACAACGAUAUGAUAAAUUUUUGCUCAGAUAUAAAAUGUUGUCACAAUACACAUGGCCUAAUUUCCGUGGACCAUCAGAAAGGGAAGGCGUUCGUGUUUUGUUAGAAGAGAAGCGACUGCUUAAUGAUUGCAAAUUUGGACAUACAAAACUUUUCAUUCGCAGUCCACGAACAUUAUUUCAAUUGGAACGUGAGAGAAAUGAAAUGAUUCCAAAUAUCAUCAUUUUCCUGCAGAAGCAAGUUCGUGGAUGGAGUGCACGACAAAAAUACAAGAAGAUGAAGGCAGCUGUAACAAUUAUAAGAGCUUACAGGCAGUAUAAGCUUCGUAGUUACGUUGCUGUGCUUGCACAACGCUUCCAACAUGCAAAACGAAUGCGUGAUUUCGGAAAGUCUAUCCAAUGGCCAACGCCGCCACUUGUUGGACGACAGGCUGAAGUGCAUUUAAAGCAAAUGCAUUCAAAUUGGCGCGCAAGCAUGAUAUUGAAGAAAUAUCCACGAAGUGAAUGGCCACAAUUAAGGUUGCAAAUCAUUACCGCAACAGCACUUAAAAAGCGAAGGAAAUUCUGGGGACAGGAGAGGAAAUGGAUGGGAAACUAUUUGGCAAUGUCCACAGAAAAUUCAAAUUAUUCAUCCUAUAAUGCCAGUGUUAAUAAUAUUAAGAAUACCGAUCAGUAUAAGAAAAUCAUAUUUUCAUCAUUCGUUAAGAAAUUCAAUAAAUGUAAUAAAUCAGCUGAUCGUGUAAUAAUCGUGACAGACGCAGCAAUUUAUAAACUUGAUGGUGCCAAAAAUAAGUUCAAGAAUAUGAAGCGAACCGUUGCUAUUAAGGAGAUUACGAGCAUUUCAGUAUCGCCUGGUCGAGAUCAAUUAAUCGUGUUUCAUUCGCAUCAUAACAAUGACUUGAUCGUCAACUUGCAAGGCGAACACACACAGCUUAAAGAAGAUAGAAUUGGAGAGAUUAUUGGACAUGUGUGCAAGAAAUAUCUUGACUUUACAGGUCGUGAUCUUCCAGUCAAUGUAUUAUCGACAGUAUCCGUCAAUCUCGGAGGAAAGCCAAGAAAAGUGUCAGUUGAGGCUGUUGCCGGUGUUGAAAAUGUUGGCUUUAAGCACGCCGGUCAAAUUAUCGUUUUUGAAGUUCCCAGUUCGUAUUCGUCGUCAAUUUAAAAAUACCAAUUUAAUGACUAAAAUCAUAAAAAUAAAAGUUUUUAUGACAUUCCGGCAUAGAAAAGGAUUAUUUUUGCAUAUUUUUUGUGCUGCCUAUAUCGCUACUUAAUCUUUUUUUGGACAUAAGUAUAUAUUUAAUAUUUUUUUGUAACUUAAAGUACUUAUCAACGAAUGACGAAAAGGAAAUAAUUUUUAAGAUUUAUGGAAAUAUCAUGUUAAGAGUGCCAUUAAAAAUGACAUAACUAAUCAAUUUUUUUUCUCUCAAACAAAAACUCACAUCAUUAUUGACUAUAGCCAGUGGUGUUCAACCUUUUUUGUGCUAUGGCACCCUUGGUGAUAACCUAUGACCAUACGGUUCAUGGCAUAUCCCAAAUUUUAUCAUGGCACACGGGUUGAACAUCACUGGACUACACAGAUACGCAUUGAGGCCGCGUAUUUUCAUCGAUUCGAGAAAAAUGAACAUAAAAUUUUAGCAGAUUUUUUAAUGUGAUAAUGUCAAACAUUUUAACGAUUUCGAUAAAAAAAGGAGUAA